CGCCCGCCGGCCCUGAUGAGGCUGCUCGCGCUCCUCCUGGCCGCGGCGGCCCUCGCCGCCGCGCACGAGCACCACGGCGAGACGCCCACCUGCGCCGGUGCCGGCGCCGGCGGGCGCGUGCUCGCGGAGUUCCGCCCCGGGGAGGUGACCCUGGACGGGCACCCCACCGACUGGGAAGCCGUGGAGGCCUCGGAGUUCCCGUUGCUACCCGCGCUGGACCCCGACGAGGACAAGGCCUACACCGGCGGCAAAGUCACCGUCAAGGCUGUGCAUGAUGGCGUCAAUGUUUUCUUCAUGCUGCAAGUUGAUGGGGAUUAUGCUUACACUAAAGGCGAUAAUAAGAAAUGCCCAUCUGUUGCUCUGAUGUUCCAAGUUGGAGAAAAAGCUACAUAUUAUGAUAUGGGAGGGUGCAAAGAUUUGCCUGGUUCUUGCACGAGCAAAAGUUGCAGAGAUCAUGAGGUCGACAUUAUGCACUUUUCAGUUGGAAAUGCUAUUCCUGGGCGUCUUUACGGUGGCAAUCACAUAGAUAAUGCAGUUGGAAACGGAGGUGAUAGAUUUGGCCAUCUUGUUGAUACCUAUGCAUGGAAUCCCCAUUGCCGCUACCUUGAUGGUAUAGGCCCUAAAGAAAACAAUUCAAAUGCUCAAAACGAUUGGCAUGGGGCUUGGUGGCACAAUUCCCUGACAUUCCAUUCAGGUUUCGUGGAUGAUGACAGCCCUUAUGGAAAACAAGAUGACAAGGGCACAUAUUACUUUGAAUUCUCAAGGCCCCUAAGAACAAUGGACCAGUUUCAGCAGGAUGCACAGUUCACAAUAGGUGAGCCGAGCAACAUGGCUGUAGCUUUCUGGUACCCAACCGAUGGCAAACCAUGGAGCAACUCACAACAUUAUUCAGCCAGCUGCGACUGGUUGACUCUGGAUAUACAACCUUCAUUGGAAACUUCUCAGUACCACCCAGCUCCUAAUCGUUCUUGGGAUGCCGCAACCGCCUUCGCCUUACUCCUUUCAGUAGUGGCUGUUUGCGUGUCAUUUUUUGUGGGCUACUCAGCUUCAAAGAACAAAAGCAGCAUCCAGUUUACACCCCUUGAGGAGAUCUAGUUUGGUGGAGGAAAUAAUCCGAUUAGUAUUUCAUCUGUGUGUAAGAUCCUUUCAUCCUUUGGAGAAGAGCGAUUCCUGGGUUGCAUUUGGAUAAUCUAGUGUAGGACACAGAAAAUACGUACUACACACGGCAGAUUUUGAUUGUUACUUCAAGGUACAUUUUCUGUAAAUGUUGUAUGUCAGUUCAUACUGUCACUUUGACACCAGCUCAUGUACAUUUGAUACGCAAGCCGUUGUAGCUAGAUUUGGUGCAAAUGUGAUGGCCGUUGCCGCUAGGAUUUAGUAGGGGCCUUUGUAAUAGAAGGAAAAGCACAUUAAGUAUGAAAUUUGGAGGACAGAGUCUAGGAUUUGUUUUUUCCUACGGUACUUUCGGAAUAAAGAUACAGUACAGUUAUCA